AUGUUAGAAAAAUCAAAAAUUAAAUAAAUACUUCUUGACAAAUCUCUAGGUUAAAUUCUAAAAGUCGAUAGACCCAUAGAAUCUAUUUAAAAAGAUGAGGAUAUUACACCAUUAAAAUCAUUUAGCCAACAUUUUCAUACAACAGCAGGAAGAGAGUUUGUCUCCAUUCCCUGUUUUAAAACCAGAAUUGAUUAAAAUUCUGAUUCGAAUUGGAAAUUUAUACGCCCGCGUACUCCCUCUAUAUCAUUUAAUUGCAAGCCUAGGGUCACUAUCUUUGAUGAGAAGAGAGACAUUUCUCAAUAACAAGGACUCAACAUUUCUCUAUCCUGGGAACCAAUUCAGAAACCUAUCCCCUUAAACAAGUAAACCAAGAGAAAACCUUGGUUCACUUUAUAAGUUCUUCAUGAUCCAGUUGCCGAUUACUAAAAACCUAAACCUAUUUGCUUUGUUAAUUAUACUAAAGCUACAUAUAAUAAAGAAAGACCCAAAUACAAUCAUCAAAUAGAUGACGGCAAAGUGGCACAAACGUAUUUAAAAUUGAAACCUAAUUUCUAAAGAAGAUAUAUUGACUUUUCUAAAUUGGUAAACAGAAAAAAUGCUUCUCCUAGUUUAAUUAAAUUUUGA